AUGGCUUCGGCUCUGGUCGCUCGCAGGCUCCGCCAGGCGAGUGCUGCUCGCUUGAUCAGGCGGUUUGGCGGCUUUGGCAGCGAGGAGCCCCGGAUCUUCCGGGAGAAGGUCCGCGCCAGGACCAGUGAGGGCGUGGAGUUGCCUGAGGGCUGGACAGAGUAUCGCUCCCCAGCCCGGGGCGCUGGGGCCUGA